AUGGAUGGGCGCGGCAACAACUUUGCCGAAAGGGACGACGGCAGCGUGAAGGCCACAAUUGCACCGCGCAGCAGUGGAAUGAAACAAAGAAUGGGGCAAGACGCGAAGGAAACUCAUGGAAAGGUGUUGCCCGUACUUCCGUCCAUCCCUGCGGCUACGCAAGCUUCGCAAAAAGGACGUCCACAAAAAUACUCAGAGGCUGAAAGAAAUCCGUUGGCGCUUUUGUCCUCAGAGAGCCGGGCUACAGCGGCCCGCAACACCCUGCAGGAACACUGGCGAAGUGCGUUGCUGGAGUACGAGGUUGCGCUGAGGGAAUUGGUGACGAACAGCAUUAAUGAGCCCCCCUCGGAUGUGCGUCUAACGAAGACGUUACAGGUGUAUGAUGCGGUGGCACGUGUUGUCGCGGAUCAAUCUCCCGAGUUGGCAGACAUAAUGAAAAUGUUUCGUGUUGAGUUUUGUCGUGCCACCUUUAGCAACAGGAGUCUCAGUGAUUUAAUACCGUUUCAGGACACCGACGGUGUGGAAGAGGAAGUGGAUGAUCUUGGAAGGGCGUACUUUGAUCAGGUAAGCGUGUUGCUUCGUGAAAAUGCGGCACUUCGCGUGGAGGUGACUCUUGGCAACACGCGGGAUAAUUUGGCUCAAAUGAAGCAGAAGAUUGAGCACCUGGUGGAGAUGAACUCCCACUACGAGAAUGAACUCAAUCGGUUGGUGCGGGAAAAUGAACUUUUGGCCGAGAACUACCGCAAGGCUCGGGAAGAACUCCGUAAAGAAAAAGAAAGGAAUCAGAUCAUGAUAGACACCUUUGACGAUGAAAAAGAGAGAAUUUUACAGGAGAACAAAGACAUGCAGCUGCGUCUGUGUCGGCUACGAAAAUACCUCGGUGAUCGAGAGUCUACGGUAGUCAAGGAUGCCUACAAACAGUUAAAAGAAAAGAAAAUGGAAGUCAUGACACAGCUAUUUGACGAGGGGGACGAGCGUGUCUCUAUUCUGGUGAUGCUGAGCCAGUUGGAAAGUCGUGUGAACGAGGAACUAGAUAAUUACGACAGGGAAUCGUUGCUGUGUGAAGAAUCGGAGCUGGCGGAGCGUCAGCAGCGAAUGUUGAGUAGCGUCUCUGUAUUGUUGGAAGAAAUGCACCUGUCUGAGGUGCGCUACCUGCGUCUGGUGCCAAAUACGCAUUUGUUGGUUGGAGAGGAGCAGGACGAGACGGAUGGUUACGUCUCACUUUUGUCUGAUAAAGGGCUCUACGAGGCGCUUGUGGCGAGAGCCGAGGCGCGUGAAAGGACACUCGCGGUAACAGAGUCGGAUGCAGGGGAGUCAAAGGACAUUAUGGCAGCAAUGGUGGCAAACACUAGCAUGGAUUUUUUGCGUAGCGUGAGUGGCACAGUUGUGGAUGACACAAGCUUCCAAAUGUCUUUGCGAGAAUCGAGGGAUCCUACGCCGUAUAAGAUGGGCUCACCGGAUGGAAUGUCUCUUCCGCGGCCAGAUUCGGAAGAUGCGAAACAUGAACGAAGGAACGAGGAGGUGACUGAGGACGAGAAAGAGGAACGAGAAGGAGGAAAGGGGAAAGAAAAGGAGGGACGGCGAUUUGCGCAGUUGACAGGCGCAACGCCAAAGGAGGCGUGCGUGGAGUCUUUGAUGCUUAUCAGAAGGAAGCAAGAGGAAUGGGUUGCCAAUAUUUUUGGAUCGGCAGUGGAGAAAAAAGACUUCUUGAAACGUGUACUAAACCGCGAUUCGUAUCAAGGAACAAUGACUGAGCAAGAGCAACUCAUGCGUUACUUUAUCUUGAGGCCAAUGCUGGAUGUCAGUGACAAUAAGUUUCGAUGUGGUAUAGACAUUUUUACAGGUCCUGGUCCACUAACACAGUCAUUUCUCUGCACCGUCAUGCACGUGGACCCUGUUGAGCCAUUGCACGUUCCACAAGGAAGCAAUUUUAUGCAUUUAAAGUACCGAAAUCCGCUGCGGAUCGAAGCGGUGAGUAAAGAUCCUUCAGAAGGGGCUUUAGUUGCACCAAAUACGGAAGCCGUUGAGGAGUGGGGCGGAAAAACGCCCUAUGUACGUGAGGUGACGGAAGCGGUGGUUCCUGAAUUGGCCGUCAGUUCUAAUGUCUUUGCUGAAUUGAGGCGUCCGAGUGUCUUAAAAGCCGCAGCUUCGGGGGUAAAUGUGGCAUCCUCCUCAACGCCAUCCGCAACAGUAUUUCAGCGGCUGAAUCCACUUUCACCAAAUCGUUCCCCGGAGUGGUUGCUCUACCAGAGCAUGUUUGGAGGUUACCGCCCCCUGGCGCCACGCCUCAUUGAUAUCUCAUACAUUGAUCACAUUCUUCUGAACUCCUGUGAACGUCACUUUGACCGUUCAGAGGAACGUUACUCGCGAUGCUUCAAACAGGCGCGUGGACGAGCAACAAACAGUCAAAAGGCUUUGAAUAUGGCGGAACGUUUCUUCAAGGAUACGUACGCAUUGACAGACUUUCAGGAGUCGAUUAUUCGAGAAUUAGAGUCUCGCUAUUGCUACCCUGAACUUGUGGCAAAGUCUCUUUAUGAGAUUUUGUGUUUUCUUGAUGCAACAAUGGCCUCUCAGCCGUUGGUUGAUUUGUAUCUCAGUUGCAUCAGGGGAUUUGAAUCGCCGACACGUAUUCAUUACAUCACAUAUGUACUCCACCAGAUAAGUGUGAAUUGGCCAUCAUCGAAUCCGGAAGAACCCGUUCUGAAGGAAGAUGUCCUUACGUUGCUGGAGUAUAUUUACAAAAAGGUAUCUGGAAUAACCAGCAUGGAAGCCAGCGAAAUUCUUACAGAAUAUCACAUGGCGACGCGCUCAGCCCCCAUCACACUAAAUUCGCUACGCAGUUAUCUGGUGACAGCCAUGAUGCACUUUGAGGAUCCACUUCUGCUCUAUUUUAACGGGCUACUCAGCUACAAUGCAACUUCCAGCGCUGUUGUGGAAAUGAACUACGAGCAGUUCGAAUUGGCUCUCAAGAGCAAGUGGGAGGAGAAAAUUGAGGGGAAGUUGCUCAUCCGCUACCUCGCUGCCUCGUGUGGAUUCAACAAGAAGGCGGAGUUAACAACAAAAGAGUUGGCAUGUGUCGCGACAAGCAUGUGGAGCUCGCAAUUGUGGUCAAACAUGUAA